AUGGGUUCAGAAGCUCAAGAUGAUUUGUUCAAGCCAUAUGACCAGUUUAUUCUCUUCGGCGACUCCAUCACGCAGAUGGCCUGCAACCAAGAACUAGGCUUCGCUUUCCACGCCGCACUUCAAGAAUCCUACAGCCGAAGACUAGAUGUGGUUAACCGUGGCCUUGCCGGGUAUACCACCGCACAUGCUGUCAAAGUCUUUGAUAAAUUCUUCCCCCGCCCAGAAACAGCCACCGUACGCUUCAUGACAAUCUUCUUCGGCGCCAAUGAUGCCUCACCCAGCAACGCGCGCACAGAAUCCGCGGAUCAUCUUGAUGAGCCCACCCCCAUUAAUGAGUAUCAGCUGGAAAGUUUUGAUGCUGCAAAAGAUUCUCCGCACCCAAGCCGGACGGCCAGUGGGGCUAGACUGUAUGCCGAUGCUGCGCGGGAAGUUGGUGCCGAACUUAAUAUCCCUGUGGCGGAUCUUUGGCCUGCAUUUAUGAAGGCUACUGGGUGGAAAGAGGGACAGGCUUUGGUGGGCUCUCGUGAUGCUCCGAAUUCUGAGACUCUUUCGAGUCUUCUUACUGAUGGAUUACAUUUGACUCCUGCUGGGUACCGCAUUGUUUAUGAUGAAGUGAUGAAGGUGAUUGAGGCUCAUUGGCCUGAUCAGAUGCCCGAUAACCUGCCAAUGGUGUUCCCGUCAUGGCUUGAUGCCCCGAAAUAA